UCUACAAUUUGUUUAGGAUGGAGACUAGCAAUCGAGGAAGAGGUAAAAAUAAAAGGUAUUGGACGUAUGAAGAAGAUGCGGUUCUAAUAAGAUAUUUGCAUGAGUUGAGUUGCGAUCCGAAGUGGAAGUGUGAGAAUGGAUUUAAGAAUGGUUACAUGAAUAAGUUGGAAGAGAUGAUCAAUGGUGUACUUCCUAAUUGUGGCUUGAGAGCGGUUCCCCACAUUGAGUCGAGGAUCAAGCAUUAGUCGGAGAAAUAUAGUGCAUUUGCAGAAAUGCUAUCCACCUCAGGAUUUGGAUGGGAUGCUGAAAAGAAAUUGUUGCAAGUAGACAAGGCCGUGUACGAUGAAUGGGUGAAGACUCAUAAGAAAGCUAAAGGGUUGUUUGGAGUUCCAUUCAUUCACUAUGAAACUCUUGCGGAGAUCUACGCAAUAGACAAAGCUACCGGAGAUGCAAGUGAGUCGUUUGUUGAUGCUAUAGAAGAAAUGGAUCAAGAGAUUGAUAAGCAACCAUCCAAUGUCGAGAGUGAUGAAGAAGAUGAUGUGAAUUCUAUUCAUUCGGACACUUAUUCUUCUACAAGUCAAUCCGGAAAACGCCCCAUGAAGAUAGAGGAUGAUCAUAUAACUCCUUCAAAAAUGGCAAAAGUGAAGGCUUCUACAAUUCAUUCUACCGCAAGUGAUUCUACUACUCAAUCCGGAAAACGCUCUACAAAGGCGAAGGAGACUAAGGUGAAAGGAAAGAACAAGGUAAAUUUGAAGAGUUUGUGUAGGAAUGAUGAUGAUGAUUUGGUGGCCUCUUUCCAUGAUGUUUCCAACAAUUUUGGGAAGAUAUUUGAAAAUAUCAAUGUUAAUCUCGGGACUAUGGCUAGUGCAUGGUCUAAAGCGGAAGAAAGUGACCAAAGGAUGGAUGAAAAGGUGAACAAGGUAUUGGACGAGGUGAUGAAGUUAGAUGGCAUUUCUCCAUCCGAAGCUUUAGAGGUUGCUACUAUUCUCAUGGCGGAAGAACAUAAGCUUCGCAUCUUCUAUCAAGCACCAUUUAAUAUGAAAAAACAAUAUGCAAUUGAUCUUCUUAAGAAGAAGUAGCAUUUGGUUGUGUGCCAUGUCUUUGUUUUUUUGUUGAACAUAUGCAACUUGAGCAAUAUAGGUUAUGUCUUGGGAUUAUUCAUAUGAUGAUUAACAUAUUAUUAGUCAAUGUUUGGAUAAGUAAUGAGUGCCAACUUUGCUUUAUAUAUAUAUAUAUAGCAAUACAUGUUAUUUUAUUUUGUUUUUAUCUUUUUUUUAACCGUAAAAUAUGUAGCAUAGACAAUAUUGUAUUUUUCAUUCUUAUUUUUCAUUUCCGUUUGUUAUACCAAACAAGAGGAAACGGAAUGGUAAUAAUUGUUUCCGUGUCCUUUGAUGUACCAAACAAUUAGUAAGGGUAACACUAUUUGUUACCCUUUCCCCUCCUAAUUUAUUUCCAUUCCGUUUCCUAUACUAACUCCAUACCAAACACCCCCUAAAAGUGUGGGAAUCAUUUUAAAGGUGCUGAAAUGACUUCCACUCUCAACAGUCUUACUGUAUUA